AUGGCAAACUUAACCUCACAGACUGAUUUGGACGACGUGAUUUCACCCGCACAACGCGUCGACGAUGGGAAGACACCCACUGAUGAAGAAAGGUUCAAGGCAGAGCGUACACCUUCAAGAUCCAGAUCUGGACGUUCCAGAACAUCAAAUGUGUCAAGUCAUGGCAGUCAAACCCUGUUAAUGACUUCAAAGGCUAAGAUGGCAGCAGCCAAAUCUCGCCUUCAGUAUGUUAAGAGAGAAACUGACAAUAAGAAUCAACAGGCACUACUCGAUGCAAAUUUGACCGUAAUUCAACAUGAAAAAGAAGCUUCCGUAGCAGAAGCUGAAUACAAAGCGAUGGAAGAAAUGGUGAACUAUUCAGACAGUAGCAGCAGUCGUAGUGAUUCAGAUAUAAGAGAAGUGAAAGAAACAAGAACAAGAAAUUUCGCUAUGAAACCAUCGACUCCAUAUGGUGAAAUGCCAGUCUUAUCGCCUCAAAAUGGUUUACUUCCUAGGGAGGACACUCCACGUGAUAUACAAACAGUGCCUGGUCGAAUCCAAUACCAACACUCAACUAAUGUGGACAGAAUGAACAAUUUGUCCCCCACAAUUUCAGAAAUGUUAUGUACCCCCGAUCCUGUGCAGACCCAAGCUGACUUGAACCCAAGUGCAACCCCAUUCCAACCUGUAUGUUGA